CGCCGAGCCCAGCAGGAAGGAGGGCGCGAGCGGGCGAGCGCGGGCGGCGCGAGCGGAAAACGCGCCCGCGCGGGGCGGCGAAAAGAGGAAAGAAAAGAAAGAGGACGGGCGCGAGGCGGGGGCGGCGAGCGCGCGCGCGAAAACUCCCGGCAGCAUUUGCACUUGGAUCCUUGGCUGCCCAUUGAACAGACACUCGAAUCCGGCAAGUCGUCAUCGUUCAGGUGGUUGCAGAACCGUGAGGCCUUUGCGUGGUACAGGGAGGAGACAGCCGGUGUGCUGAGGAGAUGAACGGGGAGCAGCAACUUGAUGCAGAUGCUGGAUCUGGUAUGGAAGAAGUGGAGUUAAGCUGGGAAGAUUACCUAGAAGAGACUGGGUCCACAGCUGUUCCCUACGGGUCCUUUAAACAUGUGGACACGCGCUUGCAGAACGGCUUUGCCCCGGGGAUGAAGCUGGAGGUGGCUGUGCGGACGGAGCCGGAGGCCUACUGGGUGGCCACCGUCAUCACGACCUGCGAGCAGCUGCUGCUCCUGCGCUACGAUGGCUAUGGCGAGGACCGGCGCGCUGACUUCUGGUGCGACAUCAGGAAGGCUGGCCUCUACCCCAUCGGCUGGUGUGAGCAGAACAAGAAGACCCUGGAAGCCCCGGAAGGCAUCAGGGACAAAGUGUCGGACUGGGCCGAGUUCCUGCGGCAGACCCUGGCGGGGGCGCGCAGCCCUCCUGCACCUCUGCUGGACGGCCUCCGUAAUGGCAGGAACCCGCUAGAUCUCAUCGCCCCCGGGUCCCGGCUGGAGUGCCAGGCUUUCCGCGACUCUCUCAGCACCUGGAUCGUGACUGUGGCAGAGAACAUUGGGGGCAGGCUGAGGCUGCGCUACGAGGGGCUGGAGGGUUCUGGCGAUUUUGAGCAUUGGCUGUAUUACCUGGACCCCUUCCUUCAUCAUGUUGGCUGGGCCGCUCAGCAGGGCUAUGAGCUGCAGCCCCCAUCAGCCAUCAGACAUCUGAAAAAUGAAGAUGAAUGGCGAGAUAUUUUGGCCAAAGUGAAAGAGGAGGAAGAAGAGCCACUGCCGUCGUACCUGUUUAAGGACAAACCAAUUAUUGAUGUUCAUACAUUCUCUGUAAAUAUGAAAUUGGAAGCUGUGGACCCCUGGUCUCCUUUUGGGAUCUCUCCUGCAACCGUUGUUAAGGUGUUCGACGACAAGUACUUUCUGGUGGAGAUGGACGACUUGCGGCCGGAGGAGCACGUGCGGCGGUCGUUCGUGUGCCACGUCAACAGUCCCGGCAUCUUUCCUGUGCAGUGGGGUCUGAAGAACGGGGUCCACAUCAUCCCCCCUCCGGGCUACCCGAGCCAGGACUUUGACUGGGCCGACUACCUCAAACAGUGUGGUGCUGAAGCUGCUCCGCAGAGGUGCUUCCCCCCGACCAUUUCCGACCAUGAGUUUAAGGAAAACAUGAAGCUCGAGGCAGUGAACCCUCUUCUUCCUGAAGAAGUGUGUGUGGCCACCAUCACUGCGGUGCGAGGCUCCUACCUGUGGCUGCGGCUGGAGGGUUCUAAGAAGCCCGUUCCUGAGUGUAUCGUGAGUGUGGAAUCCAUGGAUAUAUUCCCCCUGGGCUGGUGUGAAACCAACGGCCACCCCCUUAGCGCUCCUCGCCGAGCACGAGUACAUAAGCAGAGGAAAAUUGCAGUGGUUCAACCAGAGAAACAAGUGCCGUCCUCAAGGGCUGUCCACGAGGGCCUGAAGAGUCAGGAGCUGAACUCUGCAGACUCAGUUAUGUUCAAUGGGAAAUACUGCUGUCCAAAGAUAUACUUCAACCACCGUUGCUUCUCAGGGCCGUACCUUAACAAAGGGAGAAUUGCCGAGCUGCCUCAAUGUGUAGGUCCCGGCAACUGUGUUCUGGUCCUCAGAGAGGUCCUCACCUUGCUCAUCAACGCGGCCUACAAACCCAGCCGUGUCCUGCGGGAGCUCCAGCUGGACAGAGACUCCGUGUGGCACGGAUGUGGGGAAGUCCUGAAGGCCAAAUACAAAGGAAAGAGCUAUCGUGCUACUGUGGAAAUAGUGAAGACAGCAGACCGGGUGACUGAGUUCUGCCGGCAAACCUGUAUCAAACUGGAGUGCUGUCCCAACCUCUUUGGCCCACGGAUGGUUCUAGAUAAGUGUUCUGAAAACUGCUCUGUGCUCACAAAGACCAAAUACACACACUAUUAUGGAAAGAAGAAAAAUAAAAGAAUUGGGAGGCCACCCGGUGGGCAUAGUAACUUAGCUUGUGCCCUGAAAAAAGCCAGUAAGAGAAGAAAGAGGCGGAAAAAUGUGUUUGCUCACAAGAAGAAACGCUGCUCUGCAUCUGUCGAUAACACUCCCGUGGGCUCUCCCCAGGGCAGUGGGGGUGAAGAAGAGGACGACCCGGAUGACGGGGAUGACGACUCUCUGAGCGAGGGCAGUACCUCAGAACAGCAGGACGAGCUCCAGGAGGAGUCAGAAACGUCAGAGAAAAAGUCCUGCUCCUCGUCCCCCACCCAGAGCGAGGUGUCUGCGUCGCUGCCUCCCGACAGGCAGGCGAGAAGGAGGGCACCACGCUCUGCCUCGUUUUCUGACGACGAGAACAAGCCUCCCUCGCCAAAGGAGAUACGGAUGGAAGUCGCUGAGAGGCUGCACCUGGACAGCAACCCCCUGCAGUGGAGUGUGGCAGAUGUGGUGCGGUUCAUCAGGUCCACCGACUGUGCACCAUUAGCAAGGAUCUUCCUGGACCAGGAAAUUGAUGGGCAGGCCCUGCUGCUCCUUACUCUUCCCACUGUUCAGGAGUGCAUGGACUUAAAGCUGGGCCCCGCCAUCAAGCUUUGCCAUCACAUAGAGAGGAUCAAGUUUGCUUUUUAUGAGCAGUUUGCCAACUGAGCAGGACAACCAAAGCGAGCUGGAUCUGUGAAGCACAAAUGCAGCGCGGGCCGGGCCGGGCCCUGGGCCUGCGCUCUCUGCACUUUCCGGGAAGGAGGACCGCACCGAGGAAGCAAGAACUGUGCCCAGAGCUCCUGCAGUGGGAGUGUGGACGUCUCCUGCUCAGCAGAUUGAGCUUUUAACGACGCAGGCCGUGAGGAAAGACUUGUGUGCGAAGAACGAGAUGUCCGCGGUGCAGCCUGGGCCCUCGGCCCCACGGCUGCCAGAGCUCCCUUUGGUGGUUUUCUUUUUCAUUCUGUUCCUUCCCAUCGUAGGCCAGACUUGUUCUCUGCUUUCUCUCUCGGAAAGAGAGGACGUAGCUUUAAGUCAGCACUGAUUUGGGACUGUGCCCCAGGCACGUCAGUGCUUCCUUGUCAUUGUGGUUUUAAGCUUUUUUAAAUUAAAACUGUUCAUUUUGGGGAUGAUUACAUGGCUCUAGGGUUUUGAAUGUAUGGUCACACUUUGAUCCAUUUUAAAAUCUAUUCUGAAGAGUUCUUGGUUUACUACCUCUGUUGAUAACUGAGCUGACAGCCAUGGAUGGAGUUUUUUGUAUGAUGCCAUUUUUUUUAAAGCUACAUGAAUACAAAAACCAUGACAGAAGUUGGAGGGGGCGAGAAAGACGCUGCUUGCUUUCUCCGAGGCGUUCUGUGGGCGCUUGCUCGAGUCGCGGAACUGCCCUGCUGCCAGGACACUUCUGUCGCUGCAGCCCAUCUUGACCCGGCUCGGGCUGCCUGCAUCAGGUAGCUUUGUGAAAAGUGUUGGUGUUUCGGUUUACCUGCUCGCUUGCUGGCCCUCGUGCUCUCUCUCUCGCUCACUCUCUGUCUCUCUCUCGGUUCUCAGAGGGACAUCAGUGGCUUUCAUUCUGUGUUUGCUUUUCUCUAGUUGCUUGUCUGCUGUUUCAUUGCAGCGUGUUAAGCUGUAGAGCCGCCCCCCGACCUUUCUGGGUGCCUGCAGGUAGAUGGUGUGGAGGCACAGCAGAGAGAAGUUCCGGGCUGAUGGAGCGCGUGGAGUUUCUGUCACGGGGUCCCCCUGGCUGGGUAAAGAUGGGCUGACUUAGCAUUCUAGAAACCUCUUUACUGAGCCCACUGAUGCUUCCCUUUGGCCAAACCUCAAUUACAUUGAGUGUAAUCUGCGGCCUGACGGUUCCCGCGUAACAGCCUGGUGUUGUUCUGGGCUGGCUGGCGAAGCCCCACCUGUGACUGUGUGGAAUCUGGCGCUGGCCGUCCUGCUCUGGCCCCCAGGAGAGCGAAGAUGGCACGAACUGGCUGCCUCCUGGGGAUAGUUCGCUUUGCAGAGUGUUUAUUUAUUUAUUUAUUUAUUUAUUUGGAUUAUCCUAGUCACUUGCAAAUUUAUAACCCAGUCAUUCCUUCUCACUAUUUGAAGAUGUUUUAGAACUGCAAACUGGGUACGUUCUGAACAACCUUAUAAAUACAAGGUGAUGCUAUUCCAAGUUCAACCCGGCUGACUUUGUUCAUUGCCUGCCUCCCUUUUGUGGACGUUGGCAAGCAUGUCCGUGGUCUGGAUUCUCCUCCCUGGGUGAGAGCCCCUCGCCCUGAACCCCCCGGCCACAUCGGCUAUUAAAGCGUCUAGGGCAGUACUAGACAUAACUGGAAGAAGCUUCAUUUAACUAAAAGUGAAUGUGUUCAAAUUUCCUCAGAGAUCCAGCUCUAACUGUUGGGAAUGUGCACAGCAAACACUGCUGGUGCCUGGCUGCAGGUGAAAUGUCUGACGGCUGACAGCCGCUCACUGUGUCUGGGCACACACUGGGGCAUGUGUGGACCCUUCUAGAAAGUCCAGCCUCUUCCGGUGAUGGCAGGUGCAUGGCGAGGGAACUGCAUGCCUCUGGAUUUCACUUGCAGUUGGCCCCUGAGCCUGUCAGAUCAGGAACUUCCUCAUGAUCCAUUUUCGCCCCCUGAAUUGACAACGCAGAAACAGGCUAACGGACCCCUUCUUCCUCCUGGGCCUUAGCAGUGGGUUGACCGAUCCUAGAAUAUUCCUGCUUCUGUGAGUGUGCUGGGGAGGGCUUCAGCUGCAUCUGCAGGUCUGCCUGUACUUCCUAGGCUCUGGGGCCUGUGCCACUUUGCAUCCUUUUCAUCGGCCGCAGAGUCUGAGGGGCUCGUGCAGGGGCCGCAUCCCUGGGCUUGCUCUUUCUUCAGCAGCGCAGGUGCUGCCCAGCAUCCCCGCUGCAAACACAUGAGCCGUCCAGAGAAGAUGACCUUAAAGGUGAACACCGACGGACUGUGUUGGAGGCGGGCACGGAAGGCAGUCCAGAACUUGCCCUCCUGUGCGUCGUCUUCUGGAGGUAAAAUUACUCUCACUGUGAGAGGAAGCAUCGGGCCUAGCUUCCUGAGGACGUGGCCACGUUGUACAUGAUCCCUGGUCCCGAUUCUAUCUCUGAUGUGGCACCUAAACACCGUUGGAGAGUCCCGGGAGGCCUUAGGUGAGACGAGACUCAGCCGCACUGUCUCCUCCAGCCAAAAAUGUUCCCAAGGACCACAGAGAACAUCAAGGAGCCUGGCUGGGGACACAGAAAACUGUCCCUGGCACUCCUGUUUACUGGGCACCUGUCACCAAAGACACAUUUGAGAUGUCGUUUACUGCUUUGCCUGAUUGCCUUGGUAGCACUGAGAAGGGUGUUAGGAGGUUAGCCUAAGAGUGCAUGCACACCCUGGGUUUGAGCUCCAGGGCUGUGUGUGUGUCUGUAAAUAAGUUCAAAACCCAUUUUGUCAUGUGUUGUCAGUAGGAAGAGUGUUGGCCUUAUGAAAGUAGAGAAGGCAGGCAUCACUAAUAGGAAUAAGGAACAAAUCUUGGUGGGAGAACAGGUGCUCCUUUUUUUUUAAUUUAUUUUUUUGACAGGCAGAGUGGACAGUGAGAGAGACAGAGAGAAAGGUCUUCUUUUUGCCGUUGGUUCACCCUCCAAUGGCUGCUGCGGCCGGCACACUGCAGCCAGCACACUGCAGCCAGUGCAUCGCGCUGAUCUGAAGGCAGGAGCCAGGUGCUUCUCCUGGUCUCCCAUGGGGUGCAGGGCCCAAGCACUUGGGCCAUCCUCCACUGCACUCCUGGGCCAUAGCAGAGAGCUGGCCUGGAAGAGGGGCAACCGGGACAGAACCUAUUGCCCCGACCGGGACUAGACCCCGGUGUGCUGGCACCGCAAGGCGGAGGAUUAGCCCAGUGAGCAGCGGCGCCAGCCGCUCCUUUUUUUUUUAAGAUUUAUUUUAUUAUUUUAAAGUCAGAGUUACAGAGAGAGAAAAGGAGAGAGAGAGAGAGAGAUCUUCCAUCUGCUGGUUCACUCCUCAAUUGGCUGCAACAGCUGGAGCUGCUGAAACCAGGAGCCAGGAGCUUUUUCUGGGUCUCCCACAGGGACUUGGGCCAUCUGCUGCUGCUUUCCCAGGCCACAGCAGGGAGCUGGAUAGGAAGUGGAACAGCUGGGUCCCAAACUAGCGCCCAUAUGGGAUGUCAGCACUGCAGGUGGCAGCCCCCAGGUGCUCAUUUUUUUAAAACCUUUGGGCCUAGGCCCCCUUUACAGUUGUGGCUAUGGCUUUGGCUGAGAAACUGCAAGAAAGAAGUCAACUUCCUGCAGUGGCACAUCUUCCCGACUAUUCACGCUAAAUGUUCUGCUUGCGAACUUUUGAUGACUCUCAUCCCUUAUGUGAGAGUGGGUGUACUUUGGAAAUUCCUUCUUAUCCAAAUAAGCUACAAGGGACUUGGGGUUUGGGCCCAAGAAUCCUACCCUGUAAGCCCAGUCCCUUGGGGUGUUUUGCCCAGUGCAUGUUCCAGGCCACAACGGCAGCCUUGUGGUGGUGGUGAUGGGGGCAGUAGUAAUGGCCUGUGUUCAAGAAGUCUGACGUUCACAAGAACCAGCAACACCAAGAGGAGGGUCUGGGGAUGGAGAAGCCGGCCUCAAACCCUGUCCGCUUGGGGCUUUGGUUGGGUCAAUCACAGAAGGACUGCUUUGGAAGGAAAGAAGCCGCGGCGUCACCAGCAGCAGAGUGGAGCUGCGCCGUGGGAUCGAGGGGCUCCCGUUGCUUCUCUGACUGGUGUGGCACUGUUGCCUGUUGGGUGCCUAUGCUUAGGGUGUGCAGGGACUCAGCCCUGAUGCCAUCCAACUGCACGUCCGGCUUGGCAGAAUAAAGGUCCAGUAGUGCAGCAAGGCCAGGGGCAGGCUCUGGCUCUAGGGGCAAAUCAAGUCACAGAGCAGAUGCCCCACGGCUGGGGCGGAGUCCAGCUGGACAGCCCUUGUUGUUGUGCGAGUCUGGGGGAGGCCAUGUGAAUGCUGCAGUGCCCGUUCCUUCCCCCCUCUCCUCCUUUCUUUGGUUGAAUAUUCUUGGAUAAUCAGUAUGCUCAACAUAACUAUAUUCAAAACAAGACAAUCAGAGGCCUGCUGGGGAGGGCUUCCAACACAGUCCAGGGCUUCUGUCUAACACUAACUUGUUGGAAUUGAUGCACUUUGUUGAAUGUAUUUUGCCUUUUUUUUUUUUUUUAAGAUGCUUGUUUGGAACAAAUGAAAUGCUCAUUGCAUUGUCCCCUUCCUGCUUGCUGUUUCCCCCUUAAUUUCACAAGUCACUGGAGAUAGAGUACUCUCAAGGAGGCAGAGGCACAGGAAAACCCAUGAAGAUAACUUCCAUCAAGCUCAACGGCAUCACUUUAAAGGACUAAAGAAAAUUAUUCGGGAGGAAGAAUAAUUCUUGUUUUUGUUUUUGUUUUGUAAAUUAAAAUUGAAAACCUGUAUAUAAUGGCAGUUGUAAGCGGUUGUGAGAAACCAAAAACCAGGUCUUAUGCUCCAUUCAGCCUCAUUUCUGCUGACUGGACAGGAAGCAGGCAGCUGGCCAGAAUGCAGUCUUUGGAAGAUGCGGAGUUUGAGCCCCUUUCUGGCCAUCUUUCCCCCUGGGUCUGGGUGCCCUUUAAUCCCGGUUUAGAGCAGCGGGGAGGGCAGGAGUUCCCCCAGCAGCCUUGCUGCUGGAGUUGGGCAUCCUGCAUUUGGUUCCUCUGCAGGCCUGAGGGAAUCGGAAGCGCGGUGUUGGUGGCGACCCUCGGAGCUGCCUGUGGCCCUCUGUGCCCGCCACGGCCAUCUCUUCCUGGAGCCUGGCAUGCCGCCGGUUCCUUGUGAACGUGCUCUCCUCACCCAGAGCCCUCAGGCUUUUAAAGACAGCAAUUAAAGAAUUUUCCUUCGCCGGUUGGCUAACCUGAUUUUCUGUAUUUGCCACGGUCAAUACUUGU